AUGUCAGAAAAUGACAUUAACAAUAUGAUCCAUGGAUAUGUUCAUGGUCAUAUUCAUAUACAUAAAGAUCAUACUCACAUACAUGGUCAUAUUCAUAGUCAUGCUAAGAAUGAAAAGAAAGAUACAGAGAGUACUGAUAAGAUUCAAGAACUUGGUAAAGAUGUUCCCCAAAAGGACAUUGUUGAAUCCAAUGAUGAUUGUCCACUUGAGAUUUUACCAGAAUGUGAUGAAGUACUUUGUAAUGAAUUGGAUGAUUGUUUCUAUUUGAAUUGUGAUGAUAGUAAUAUAGAAUCAUGCUGUAUUGACAAUUACGAGUCAAUUUGUGAAAAUGAAAAUUGUUCUGGUCCUGUCAAUGAUCCCAUGGUAUCGGGAGGUAUAGAUUCCCACAUGAAAGGUGGAUCAUCGUCGGAGUCUAAAAGUGAAGUGGGAGUCCAUCCUAAUGAGAUAAUCUGUAAUGAUCCCAAAUGUUUGGAAUUAGAAUCAACUGUUUGUUGUUACGAUACAUCACAUACUAAGAACCAUCAGAAUAAUUUAUGUACCUCCCAAAAUAAUGACAAGGAGUUAUUUGAUAAGAUAUUUCAGGAAUUACAUCAGGAUUUCGAUUUGUUCACCAGUAAUGAAAAUAAUAGAGAUAGAAAGAAAUUUAAUGGUAUGGACCAUAACGAUUAUCCUGCAACCAAGAAGCCAAAAUUAAGUACUGAAAUCCAUUAUCCUCAUGAAAUACAUCCUGUUGAUAAUAUCCAUAAGGCUUUCUUCCAUACCAGUAUAUCAGACACACAUAAGAGACACACCGAAGAUAAGCCUAUGGAGGAUUUUGACUUUCAUUUUAACUUUUCUAAUAAGAGUGACAAAGGAAAGGAUUUGGUUUGUGAAUGGGAUAAUUGUUUAAAAAAUGUCGAAACUGAUGAUUUACUUGAUCAUUUAUAUAACAAACAUUUGAAAGAUGAAGAUUUGAAUAAUAAUGAAUUCCCUUGUGAGUGGAAUAAUUGUAAUUUCACUGACAAUAACUUGUAUUCAUUAUUAGAUCAUUUGAAUUCUCAUAAGGUCAAGAAUGAAAAUGAUAUCAUGACACCGUUAUCGAACUUUUCAUCAGAAUCGAAUUUUACUGUUACCCCUAAACCAGAAAUCAAGGAUAUCAAACCCGAAUUAUCAGAAAUAAGACCUAAAUUGGAAAGUAACUCUUUGAACAUUUCCAAUUUGAGUUUCAAACCUAAGAAGAAGCAGAUUGAUCCAUUUUUCACUUGUUGUUGGGAUAUCGGUGUAGAUAGUGAAGGAAAUCCCAUCAAAUGUAAUAAAAAUCAUCAAUCUGCUGGAGAUUUACAAGAACAUUUGAUCCAAGAACAUAUCGGAUCAGGGAAAUCAUCAUACGAAUGUCAAUGGGUAGGUUGUGAUCGUCAUAAUGGGCGAAAAUUCACCCAAAGACAAAAGGUUUUACGUCAUAUUCAUGUUCAUACCAAUUUCAAACCAUGUAAAUGUGAUAUAUGUGGAUCAACAUUUGCUGUAGAAUCAAUGUUAGUCCAACAUUUAAGGACCCAUUCAGGAGAAAAACCUUUUGAAUGUUCAGUUUGUGGUAAGAAAUUUGCUACAUCAUCAUCAUUGUCAAUUCAUAACAGAGUACAUUCAGGUUACAAGCCGUUAGUCUGUAAAUAUCCUGGAUGUGGUAAAAGAUUUAGUGAAUCUUCCAACUUGAACAAACACAUGAAAACUCACAUGGAUAAGCAGAAAUGUAACCAAUGUGAAGAAGAAUUUGAUAGUAGUGUUGGUUUGUUGAGUCAUGAGAAAUCACACGAAUCUAACAUCAAACUUGCGCUUUAG